CGACGCCCACUUCUUUUCAUAAAUAAUCAGCAGGUGGCAAUGGCAGGUGGCGAAGUAUUAUUUAUUAAAUUUACAAAGCAAAUUGGGGAAAUGGCUGCAAACGAAGACAACUCGUGGAAAACUCCUGUUUUCCGGCAGAUCGUUGUCACCAAAAUUCAGACAGAAGUUCAAAACUGUGGAAUGCCGAUGAGUAGGUCCAGCAUGGAGGUUGAGAGUCACAUUUUCCAAAAAGCCAAAACUAAAGAUGAAUACCUGGGGUUUAUUGCUCGAUUGUUUCUUCAUUUACGCAAGAACUACAGAAAAAAAGGGACUGGCACUGGUGGUGCUACCAUCGGCCAGGGUGUGCGGCAACAUAUUGCAGACCAAAUUAAUGCUUUGCAGACUUUCGCUCGGCAGGGAGCAAAUCCAGACAUGGUGGCUGGAAUGUCUGCUGGCCCCGCAGCUCAGAUGCAGAAAAUGCAAGGUCAGGUUGUUCAGCAAGGACAGCAAAUUCCUCCUGAAAAGUGUGAACCUGGCAGCUCAACUCCAAACAGUCCAAGAAAACAAUAUUCUGAUGAUGAUGAUAGUGAUAGCAGUGAUGACUGUUUGAAGGACUUGUGGGAUGAAGCAUUGAGAGAAGCUCGUCUUGCUUCAAAUUUGUCGGAUGAUCUCUCAAAAAGUCAAGAAUUCUCACAACGCUAAAAGACUCCGUCCACUCCCAGACAGUGAUGUUGAUGACUAUCCAAAGCUAGCCUUAGCUUGGUCUACUGCUGCAUCGCAAGCCAAUACAAAAUCUCAAUGUGCCUCUUGAGAGUACCGCUUGGGCAAAAAAUCCAACAAUCAUGUGAUCCAUGUCAUUCAUGUGAAGUGAAAUAUUUAUUUUUGUAGCGUAUAUGGUAUACAAGGAAAAAUAAAUAUAUAAUUAAAAUCAACCAUGUUAAAAAAAAAAUAUGUUUACAGCAGAAUUUUGGAAAAUUCAAUUUACUUUUAUUUUUUCCUUCAAUAAAUAGACUAGAUAUAUUUUAA